AUGGAGCAGAUUCUACAGCAAGUUGCUCAAAAUGUUGAGAAACAGCUUGACAGUGAGAUUGAGAGGUUAGAUGCUAUGGACAACAGUGAUUUGGAGGCAAUCAGGCAACAAAGGAUCGCUGAAAUGAAACAGAGAGCUAAACAAAAACAGGAAUGGCUUGCAAUUGGUCAUGGAGAAUACACAGAGAUUGACAAUGAAAAAGAGUUUUUUGGUGUGUGUAAUAAGAGUGAAAAUGUUGUCUGUCACUUCUAUCGGAAUGACACACCAAGGUGUCGUAUUGUUGAUAUGCAUCUUAAGAUUCUUGCUAAAAAACAUAUAGAGACCAGAUUUGUUAAACUUGAUGCAGAAAGAGCUCCCUUCUUAACAGGUCGUCUAAAAAUUCGUAUCAUUCCCACAAUUGGUCUGGUAAAAUCCAACAAAACAAAGGACUUUAUUGUCGGCUUCACAGACCUUGGCAACUGCGAUGACUUCUCCACAGACAUGCUUGAAUGGAGAAUUGCCAGAUCAGAGGUGAUAGAAUAUUCAGGUGACCUAUUGGUGCCCCCUGCAGAAGCUAAAAAACAAAGAGCUUUACACAUUCAAAACAAGAAAACAAUAAGAGGAGGGAAUGACUCUGAUUCUGAUAUUGAUUUUAGUGACUAA